AACACCAAUUAAAAGAGAGAUAUAUAUGGGAAUGAAUUAACCGCGUCAACAACCUUCUUUGCAUAUCAAGUUCGAUUACAAAAAGAAAAAAUGCUGAGAAUCGCAGGGUGCGCAAAGAAACUCGUUGGAACGGCGUCGUCUGAGACGCAAGUUCCGGCAACUAGGGUUCUUUCACGAUUCUACCACGAGAGGGUGGUUGAUCAUUACGAUAAUCCCCGAAAUGUUGGAUCCUUCGAUAAGAAUGAUCCUACGGUAGGAACUGGUCUUGUUGGAGCACCCGCUUGUGGCGAUGUUAUGAAGCUUCAAAUUAGGGUUGAUGAGAAAACCGGAAAAAUCACCGAUGCUCGCUUUAAGACCUUUGGCUGUGGUUCCGCCAUUGCUUCUUCCUCCGUCGCUACUGAAUGGGUUAAGGGAAAGCUAAUGGAGGAGGUUGUAACUAUUAAGAACACUGAAAUUGCAAAGCAUCUUUCACUCCCACCAGUUAAGCUACACUGCAGCAUGCUUGCUGAGGAUGCUAUAAAAGCUGCUGUUAAAGAUUAUUUAGCUAAGCGAGGUUCCGCUACUGCAGCAGGCACAGGAGAAAAAUCUGCCACUGCAUGAUUUCUGCUGAUGAAAAAAAAACCAUUACUAUAAUUCUCCAAGGUUGCUAAUGAGUGCUUUGUACGUCAUUAAAAUAUCUUUUAUAAGACUUUUCUUGGUUGUAGCUAGGCUGCCAGAUUAUAUUCUGAUGUAAAAUAAAUACCAGUUUUGCUGGCUAUAGUUUGUUAUUUGCAUGGUUUGUUUGUAGGAAUCGUAUGAUAUUUUUGUUUAAAUAUGUACGCAAUACAAUCAGAAUAUGUACAUGUAAGUAUUUGGAAGCCCACUGCUUCAUCUUUACUAAGGUGCAUAACAUUAUAUUA